AUGCUUAGACGGUUGAAUGGCAACAAGAAUCGCCAGGAGGACAACGAGGGUGACAGCGAGCUGAGCGAUCCGGACAGCAAUGUAGCAUUCAACGACCUCGAGGACGAAAUUGUCGUCCGUGGCCAGACCAGCAGGGGAGCGCCAAGAAUGCCAAGCAGGAGCCAGACCUCAGAGGUCAACGAGGACGAGGCUAUGGAAGGCGCACCAGAAGAGUCUGCCGCUUCGCAUUAUCCCAAACGAAAACGAAGUUCCGUCUUUAACGAUUUGAGCGAGAGCAAGCUGGAAAGUGCCCACACUACAGCCCCAGAAAGGUCGCCCACUUCGCCCACUAGCACCAACAAAUUGAAGCCCAACCGUCAAAGUCUCAGUGGUACAGGGUCGAAGGGCGUUUUGCUCGGAACUUGGAGGGAUUCCCGCGUCCCCGAUGAGGACAAGAAGCACUCUGUUUUCGGCUUCAUCGAUAUUCGAGAUCGCCUACGCACUCGGAUUCAGCCCAUCACGAAACACGGGGAGCCAGUGGGCGACGACUAUCCCCUGCCUCCUGGUCCCGGUGCAAGUUGGGUCACCUUUGAGCGUGUCGUCUUUUCUGACCAUCUUGUGGGCCUGGACCACUUCCAGAUAAAGGAGUAUUGUCGACUUCGAUCUGAGGCUGCACCCGAGGAAACCGAGGACGGCCGGGUGGCUGCUGAGCAUGCUGCCGUUCAAGAAGCAAUCCGCCGCGUCAGGGAGAACCCGGCGUUGACGAGCGCGCUGCAGCCUCCUCCCAUCGCAUACGGGGUCGAUAUGCCGGAACACCUUCAACCUCCCGUUCGCCCGGAGUACAAGCGUAGGCGUGUCGGUAGUGGAUACGCCGCUAUUAGUCCAGCACCUCCGGAGAUGGCCUCCGAGCCGGCGGCCAUUCCGACUCCGCAACAGUCCAUUGCGGCUCAUCAAUCUCGAUUUUCAAUCGAUCCGCUCCCCGGGACUCGACCGACGCGCAUUCUGAUAGGAUAUUGGAAGCCAUCAAGUGAAGACGACCCCAAGGAUCGUCACGCUGUGUAUGGUAUUUUGGGUCAGAAUGACAUGUUCCGUGUCAAGGUGGUGCGAGAGACAAGAGAUGGUCGGUUUGUGGACGGCAACUUUCCAGCUGGAGCAGGUGCUCUAUGGAUUCCUUACGAAGAGGUCGAAUUUGAGCCGCAUUUGAAGACUCUGAACAGGCAAGAAAUCAAGGAAUACUGCCGCGUUCGACAGUAUCAGCUAGACCGUGGCGAAACUUCUGCUGAGCGCAUUGACAAUGAGACCAAGGCUGUUUACGAGGCACAGACCAGGGCUGGCACGAUGCCGUACAAGCAACUCCAUAACAUCACGGUUCCCACAUUCACAGCUUCUCCACAGACCGAUAGUGAUGAGCGAAUGAAUGGGCGACAUGAAUACGGUGGUCACGAGCUCCGUCCGUCGCGCCGAACUGAACCACGACCGCUCCGGGCAUCACUCAGCGAGGCUGAACUACGUGCAAGCCGACUUCAGGGCGGAGAGGCUGUGGAGAGAACCAACACCUUGGCACGUCGUGAAAUUGCAAGAGCUGAAGCGGCCCAAGGCCGGGCAGAUCGUCAUGCCAUGCAUAGAGAGCGCGCCGCGGCUGCUGCGGCUGCGGAUGCUGCCAAUGCUGCCGCCGCGGCAGCAGCAGCAGCCUCCAACAUGCCUCUUGAGCACCAUCCCAACCCCAACGGCCGAAUGCUCUUUCACGAAACUGAGGAUAUGCAACGAUUGAACAAGGUAUGGGCUCGACAGGAAACACUCCGCAUGAAAAGCAGUUUAGACGAUGCCAAGAUUUACGACGGCGUCAAGUAUGAGCGCAGGGCAACUGGGCCUUUCAUGGGGAAGCUUGUGUCACAGGGUACGAUCAUCAAUAUCGAGGGUGAGGACUAUGUCGAAUACCGUGUCCUCACGAAGCCUUCUUUUUUCUAA